AUGCACGAUACUGUCAAAGCCAAGGUCAAAGAAGCUGGCUUUUUGCCCUUUGUGUCAAUAUUAAGGCAUGGAAAGAAAAGGGAUAAGCCAUUACUUGUGGCCUUAGUUGAGAGAUGGUGGGACACUACCCACACAUUCCACUUUGAUGAAGUUGGAGAGAUGACGAUGACCUCCACGAACUUCGCAGCAAUCAGAGGAUUGCGUGUGGGUGGGAAGCGAUUAAAGGAGGAGCCUGCAGAAGAGAAAGUAGGAGAAGCAGUCGUUAAGCUUCGGACACUAGUGUGGUGCCGACCGAAGGUUCUCCGAUGGGAAGUGAAAGUGGGAGGUUCAGCAGUUGAGAGCUUCGACAGUCGGGAGCUUCGGCAGGUGGCUGGCACUUUGGAAGAGUGUCUUCCUUCGGCAGGGGAGAAGGCAUGUCUGCCUUGGUGCUAG